CGCGUUCAGGUAGGUGAACCUGGGAUGCGUGGAAAUUCAGAUCGCCUGGCUGCUCUGGGCAAUGUCAGGUUUCAACCGCCUCAUCGGUCUGCGAAUCCGGCGCUUCCAGUACUCAACCUAAAUCACCUAGCUCUUUGAACAUUUUAACCAACACAUAAAUCAGUAGAUUCCGCCGUUUUCCACGCCUUUCUACUCCCACCCGAGGCGACAGCCAGCAAGUUAUUGCACGUGACCGUCCACCCCGAAGAUCUGGCUGCCCGCCAUAGCCUUUGCCUGGUCCCAGCGAUACCACCUACCUUGCCGACCUGAGGGAGCUCAUACGGCUCCGCCCACCCACCCCCAACUGACCUCACCCAGUCGCCGGCCAACACCAGAAGAGCGUUGACGACGGGACCCGGAAACCAACCAACAAAAGAGGGCACUCCCAUCUUGAUCUGGAAUCAACCCCUCACCGAACACGCUCGGAAUUCCCUAUAUCGCCCACGACAUAAUGCCUUCCGCCACCGGUCAGAAUUGGGAGAAGUUCCAGAAGAAGUUCGCCGACGACGAGAUAGAGGAGAAGAAGAUCACUCCGCUAUCAGAUGAAGACAUCCAGGUUCUCAAGACAUAUGGCGCCGCGCCCUAUGGAGCGGCGCUGAAAAAGCUGGAACAACAAAUAAAGGAGAAGCAGCAGAGCGUGGAUGAGAAGAUUGGAGUCAAGGAAUCCGAUACAGGGCUCGCCCCGCCACAUCUGUGGGAUGUCGCCGCCGACCGGCAACGGAUGCAGGAGGAGCAGCCGCUCCAGGUUGCGAGGUGUACCAAGAUCAUCCAGGACGACAAGGACGACUCCAAGAGCAAGUACGUCAUCAACGUCAAGCAGAUCGCCAAGUUCGUCGUCCAGCUCGGCGAGCGCGUUAGUCCGACCGACAUCGAAGAGGGCAUGCGCGUCGGCGUGGACCGAAACAAAUACCAGAUCCUCCUUCCACUACCGCCCAAGAUCGAUGCGAGCGUCACCAUGAUGACGGUUGAGGAGAAGCCCGAUGUCACAUACGGCGACGUUGGCGGUUGCAAGGAGCAGGUGGAAAAGCUCCGCGAGGUUGUCGAGAUGCCCCUUCUCUCGCCCGAGCGCUUCGUCAAUCUCGGCAUCGACCCCCCGAAGGGCGCCCUGCUCUACGGCCCCCCAGGUACUGGAAAAACGCUCUGCGCCCGUGCUGUCGCAAACCGAACCGACGCCACAUUCAUCCGUGUCAUCGGAAGCGAGCUGGUUCAGAAGUAUGUCGGCGAGGGUGCCCGCAUGGUUCGAGAGCUGUUCGAGAUGGCUCGGACGAAAAAGGCCUGUAUCAUCUUCUUCGAUGAGAUCGACGCCAUCGGUGGCGCUCGGUUCGACGACGGUGCUGGUGGCGACAAUGAAGUGCAGAGGACCAUGCUGGAACUUAUCACUCAGCUCGACGGGUUCGACGCCCGCGGAAACAUCAAGGUGAUGUUUGCCACAAACAGGCCGUCGACGCUUGACCCCGCCCUGAUGAGGCCCGGCCGUAUCGACCGAAAGAUCGAAUUCUCCCUUCCCGAUCUUGAGGGCCGUGCCAAUAUUCUCAGAAUUCACGCCAAGAGCAUGUCGGUCGAGCGCGACAUCCGGUGGGAGCUCAUUUCGCGGCUCUGCCCCAAUGCCACGGGCGCUGAGCUGCGCAGCGUGUGCACCGAGGCUGGAAUGUUUGCCAUCCGGGCAAGGAGAAAGGUUGCGUCCGAGAAGGACUUCUUGAGCGCGGUCGAGAAGGUCAUCAAGGGCAACCUGAAGUUCAACUCUACUGCUUCGUACAUGCAGUACAACUAAGCUGGGGUAUAGGUAAUCAGGUCAGUUGCAUGGAAAGGUGGGCACCGGUGUCACCGCUUGGCUUGUCGUUAAAUCCAGGUGUAUUGAUAGUUUAGACGGGGCUUGCUUCGGCGUGGCUGGCUCUGACCAAUUUCUAGAAAGCUGCACUCAUUGACGGGAUAAAGCCAGGGUCUCUAUGCGAUAGACACGCGCGCCAUGAUCAACUUUAACAGCGCCUGGAGUUUAGCGCAGGAAUUGUACUAUGAUGAUGCACGGUCGUCCAAAGUGGUGUUGGCAAGAUUGACAGUUUUGUUUCCCAAGCCGUGUUUGCGUUGCUUAUCACAAUGCUCCAUCAUUCCCAACAACCCCCAAGGCACUCUGUGUCUCUGAAGCUUGCCUCCCCUAUACCCUUUAUUAAUCAUCUACUCAUAAUGCCCAUUAAAUUUGUGACCAGAUGACAACCCAUCUCCCUGGUUUCCAA